CGGAGAGGGGGUGUUGUGGAGAUUCACGCCGACAGCCGCCGUUUUCCGCGGGGUGUGUAGUGUUAAAACUCCUGCAAAUGGCCAUGGAUAGGAGAGGUGCUGGGGGAGAAGCAGAAAAUGGUGAUGCCUUCCUUGAUCUGAAGAGGACUCCAGCAUCAAAAUCCCCCCAUCGUUACACAAAGGAAGAGCUCUUGGAUAUUAAAGAACGCCCCCACUCUAAACAGAGACCUUCAUGUCUUUCUGAAAAAUAUGACAGUGAUGGUGUCUGGGACCCUGAGAAAUGGCAUGCCUCUCUUUACCCAAGUUCAGGGCGCAGUUCUCCAGUGGAAAUCUUCAAAAAAGAUUUGGAUUCAGACCGGACUCCCCUUAUGCGUCGCCUCGUGGAUCCCAGAGAGCGAGUAAAAGAAGAUGAUUUGGAUGUAGUCUUAAGCCCUCAGAGGCGCAGUUUUGGGGGAGGUUGUCAUGUAACAGCAGCCGUUAGCUCACGACGAUCAGGGAGUCCUUUGGAAAAAGAAAAUGAUGGUGUGCGAAUUAUUGGAGGGCGUAGAAUUGGCAGCGGAAGAAUAAUAUCUGCCCGUAAUUUUGAUAAAGAUCACCGUGGUGAAAAGGACUUGAGAGAUUCCAGAGACAGAGAUCGCGAGAGGGACUACAAGGACAAACGUUUUAGGAGAGAGUUUGGGGAAAGUAAGCGUGUCUUUGGAGAACGUAGAAGAAAUGAUUCCUAUACUGAAGAGGAGCCCGAAUGGUUCUCUGCUGGGCCGACAAGUCAGUCUGAAACUAUUGAGCUUACAGGAUUUGAUGAUAAAAUACUAGAAGAAGAUCAUAAAGGACGAAAACGAACAAGACGGCGCACAGCAUCCGUGAAGGAAGGAAUAGUAGAAUGCAAUGGUGGCGUGGCAGAAGAGGAUGAAGUGGAGGUCAUUCUUGCUCAAGAGACAGCAACAGAUCAGGAAGUGCCCAGAGAAGCAGUGCUGCCAGAACAAGCACCUGGAGAAUUCGAUUUCAAUGAGUUCUUUAACCUCGACAAAGUCCCUGGUUUGGCUUCGAUGAUUGAAGAUGUUCUGGGAGAAGGUUCAGUCUCCGCCAGCAGGUUCAGUAGGUGGUUCUCCAAUCCUAGUCGAUCUGGAAGCCGGUCCAGUAGCUUAGGAUCAACACCACAUGAGGAAUUAGAAAGACUAGCAGGUCUGGAGCAAGCUAUUCUCUCCCCAGGCCAGAACUCGGGAAACUACUUUGCUCCUAUACCAUUGGAAGAUCACUCUGAAAACAAAGUGGAUAUUCUAGAAAUGCUACAGAAAGCAAAAGUAGACUUAAAACCUCUCCUCUCAAGUCUCUCCGCCAACAAGGAAAAGCUUAAAGAGAGCUCGCAUUCAGGAGUUGUGCUCUCAGUCGAAGAAGUAGAAGCUGGGCUUAAAGGCCUGAAAGUGGAUCAGCAGGGGAAAAUCUCUACGCCUUUCAUGGCAGAGCAUUUGGAGGAGGCACUAACUGCGGUUGCUAGCUCUAGACAACUCAAAAAAGACGGUGAUAUGUCUGCAUUUAACAAGCUAGUGAGCAGCAUGAAGGCAAGUGGGACUUUACCUUCACAGCCCAAAGUCAAUAGAAAUCUUGAAAGUCAUUUGAUGUCACAUCCAGAGAUCCCAAGUCAGCCUCUUCCGAAGAACAUCUUGCAGGAACUUCUAGGUCCACCAGUCACCAGACCUGCUUCAUCUAAUCUUCUUAGUGGCCUGAUGGGGAGUUUGGAACCUACAGCAAGUUUACUGGGCCAAAGAGCAUCCUCUCCCCCCAUCUCACAGGUGUUUCCAACUCGUGCUUCUUCAGCAGACUAUCUUCGACCCCGAAUUCCUUCCCCAAUUGGCUUUGGCCCAAGUUCUCAACAGUUGCUUGGGGAUCCAUUUCAAGGACUGAGGAAACCAAUGAGCCCUGUUGCUGCACAGCAGAUGAGCCAGUUAGAGUUGCAACAGGCUGCCCUAGAAGGGCUCGCAUUGCCUCAUGAACUAGCAAUGCAGACGACUAAUUUCUACCAGCCGGGCUUUGGCAAAUCCCAGAUUGACAAAAACAGAGAUGGCUUUAAGAACAGGCAACAGAGAGUGAUUAAAUCUCCUGCACCUGGACAUCGAGGGAAUUCAGCUUCUCCUGCUCCCGGUGCAUCCAUCACUAGCAUGCUGUCUCCUUCCUUUACCCCUACCUCAGUGAUUCGAAAGAUGUAUGAAAGCAAAGAGAAAAGUAAAGAGGAACCAACUCCUGGAAAACCAACAAGUGAUGGGAAAGAUGAAAAUUCAAGGGCAAAUGAAGAUCACCUCCUUUCGUCGAGUUCCGCGGUGAACUCGGAUCAAGAUGCUAUCCCCCCCAUAAGUACCAAACUGUCAGCACUGCAGCGCUCAGCGUGUUCCACCCCACUGUCUCAGACCAACCGUUACACCAAAGAGCAAGACUUUAGGCCAAAAUCGACGGGUCGGAAGACUCCUACAAUGGCAUCCCCAAUACCAGGGACUCCUUUUCUCCGCCCAGUUCACCAGGUGCCACUCGUGUCCCACGUUCCAGUCGUGCGCCCUUCUCACCAGUUGCACCCUGGGCUGGUCCAAAGAAUGUUGGCACAAGGAGUGCAUCCACAACAUCUUCCGUCUUUACUGCAGGCUGGCAUGAUUCCUCCUGGAGUGGACUUGUCUCACUUGCAAGGAAUAUCUGGUCCCAUUCUGGGACAACCCUUUUACCCGUUACCCACUGCUAGCCACCCCCUCUUGAACCCACGCUCUGGUACACCCCUGCAGCUGGCAAUGAUGCAACAGCAACUCCAGCGAUCAGUCCUACAUUCUCCAAGCUCCAGCUCCCAGGGAAUGACCGGUGGUGGGCAGACCACCUCCCAGAACAUGCCGGGUCGUUCUGGACUGCCCCAUGUAUACUCACAGCUCGACCAUCGCUCCAGCCAGCGAAGUGGGUCUCCCGUUGGCCUUGCAAAAUGGUUUGGCUCGGAUGUCUUGCAGCAGCCUCUCCCCUCCAUGCCCUCCAAAGUGAUCAGCGUAGAUGAACUGGAAUAUCGGCAGUGAAGUAGGGGCUCCGGACAUGGGUGGACCCUUCUGGGUCUCUUUAGACUAUUUCGGAGGGUAUUUCCAAUCGAGACUUUAACACUUCCUCUUUUGUUUGGGGGCUUUUAUUUGGGGCACUCUACAAAACUUUUUGAGAACCUGUUAGAAAGCACAUGGCACCUGAUGUUCUCUGCAUCAAAAUUAAGAAUCUGUUAAGGCCACAGUAGCAAAGCCUGAGAAGAUUUAGAUGCAAGUUAACACAGGCUCAAUCAUGGAAAUCCUUUUUUCUUCUCCCCCACCCCGACCCUCCCACUUUUUGUAAGAUAUGUGAAUGAAUUGCUGAUGUCCUCAUGUAAAGGUAGCAGCUAAAGGGUUCCUUCUGCAGAAAUAAGUGUAUAGAACCUGGUGUACAGACUUGUGUAUAAACAACUUUUUGUACAUAAAUUAUAGAAUAGCUUUUUUGAACUUAUACAGCUGUACAUAAAAGUAGCUGAAAUAGUUAAACUUUAGAUGUGCCUACAGUUUGGAUUUUUUUUUUUUUGGUUUUGUUUUGUUGUACAUGUGGGACUUUCCUCUUUAUUUUUUGUUCAAAUUAAAGUUGCAUAUGCGAAGUGUGUGAAA